UGCAGACUGCUUCUACAAACAUUUGUGAAAGAAUUGUACAAUAAGUCCAUCCGUGAAAUUUUCUUGCUACUAAAUAUUCCAUGGUCAACUGUUAGUGGUAUUAUAACAAAGUGGAAGCAACUGGGACAACAAGCAAUGCAGCCACAAAGUGGUAGACCACAUCAAAAGACAGAGCGGGGUCAGCACAUGCUGAAGCGCACAGUGUGCAGAAGUAGCCAACUGUCUGCAGAGUCAAUAGCUAAAGACCUCCAAACUUUAUGUGGCCUUCAGAUUAGCACAACAACAAUGCAUAGAGAGCUUCAUGGAAUGGAUUUCCAAGGCCGAGCAUCUGCACUCAAG